CUCAUACACUUUCCCUCCUCGCGCUCACCGUUCAUCUCCGAGUAGGAGACGAACAACCUCACCGGAGAUACCGAAAAGAAAGGAGUGAGGAUACACCGGGACCGGACAACACAACAACUCCCAGCAUGAAACAAAUGUGAAACCUUCACGGGACUAUCUUUCCCAAGAAGCAUACAUUCGAUUUUUUAUUGUCUUCGUCGAGAUUUGUGAGGUUGGUGAAAUAUGGAAACGGCUGUUUCAAGAGGCUUAUUGCUCGCUCAGCUCUUGAUCGUCUGUCAAUUAGCUGAACUGGUGCAAGGAUACGGAUACCGGGCCCAGCGCAAAUUCUCAGAAGACAUCGACUGGUCCUAUGCAGGGACUCUCAACCAAAACAACUGGGCCAAGAAGUACCCAUCAUGUAACAAUGCCAGACAGUCGCCCAUCAACAUCGAGGAGGAGCUGACACAGGUCAAAGUUCAGUUCCAAAAGCUGAAGUUCGAGGGCUGGGAUGAAGCGAUGUCUGAUGGGACCACCAUCAAGAAUGACGGCAAGACAGUGGCGGUGAACCCAGAGGGGGACUUCUAUGUGAGUGGAGGGGGGCUGAGGGGCAGGUUUAAGGUGGGAAGAAUCACCUUCCACUGGGGACGCUGCAACGCCUCCUCAGAGGGCUCCGAACACAGCCUCAACGGGGUGAAGUACCCCCUUGAGAUGCAGAUCUACUGUUAUGAAGCGCAUCGCUUUGAGUCCUUAGACUACGCCAUCAAGGACGGGGGCAGGAUCACAGCUCUCUCUGUGCUGUUUGAGACUAGCAUCGAAGACAAUGACAACUACAUAGCCAUUAUCGAUGGAAUCAACAGUGUCAGCCGAUUCGGUAAGAGUGGGACGGUGGGUCCCUUCUCUCUCCGGGGCCUCCUGCCCAACUCUACCGAGAAGUACUUCAUCUACAACGGCUCCCUCACCACCCCACCCUGCACUGAGACCGUGGAGUGGAUUGUCUUCAAGAACACUGUGGCCAUCUCCGACACGCAGCUGGAGAUGUUCUGUGAGGUGAUGACCAUGCAGCAGGCGGGCUACGUGAUGCUAAUGGACUACCUGCAGAACAACUACAGGGAGCAGCAGCAGCAGUUCAUGGGCCAGGCCUUCUCCUCCUACACUGGCACAGAGGAGGUCCUCACUCCCAUCUGCAGUUCAGAGCCGGAGAACGUGCAGGCAGACCCCCAUAACCUGACCAGCCUGCUGGUGAUGUGGGAGCGGCCACGGGCGGUGUACGACGCCGGGAUAGAGAAGUACUCAGUUACCUACAAGCUGGCCCAGGGAGAGGACCCUCCGGCCUUUGAGUACCUGACCGACGGAGACCAGGAUGUGGGGGCCAUAUUGCAGGACCUGAUGGCCAACACCAGCUACGUGGUUCAGGUCUUGGCCGUCUGCACCAACGGUCUGUACGGCCGCGUGAGCGAGCAGCUGACUGUCGACAUGCCGAUCGACGACCCCGAGGCCAGUAACAGCAGCCAUGAGUCCAGGGUGGGUCUGGCCAGGGAUAAGGAGAGGAGGGCCGUGGUCCCUCUGGCGGUGGUCUCCACCCUCACCUUCGUGGGACUCAUCAUCCUGGUGGGCAUCCUCAUCUACUGGAGAAAGUGUUUCCAGACUGCCCAUUUCUACAUAGAGGACAACACAUCGCCCAGAGUCAUAUCUGUUCCACCCACACCAUUGCUUACAGCUACAGAUGAACAUGAAGCCCUUGCGGUGAAGCAGUUUGUCAAGCACGUGACAGAGCUCCACCACACCAACGCAUUCUCCCGGGAGUUUGAGAUAUUGAAAGAGUGUUACGAGGAGGUGCAGGUGUGCACAGUGGACCUGGGUAUCACCGCAGACGGCUCCAACCAUCCAGACAACAAGAACAAGAACCGAUACAUCAAUAUCCUGGCCUAUGACCACAGCCGAGUAAGACUCUCAACCCAGGCUGACAAAGAUGGGAAGAGUGGAGAUUACAUUAACGCAAACUACGUUGACGGUUUCAACAAGUCAAGGGCCUACAUCGCGGCCCAGGGCCCUCUCAAGUCCAGCACCGAGGACUUCUGGAGGAUGGUGUGGGAGCAGAACGUGGGCGUCAUCAUCAUGAUUACCAACCUGAUGGAGAAGGGACGGAGGAAGUGUGACCAGUACUGGCCACUGGAGAGCCAGGAUGAGUACGGUGGUUUCCUGGUGACGGUGAAGAGCAGCAAGGUUCUGGCCCACUACACCGAGAGAACUUUCACCCUCAGGAACACCAAGGUCCAAAAGGGUUCACUGAAGGGGCGGAUUAACGAGCGGACCGUGACACAGUACCACUACACCCAGUGGCCAGACAUGGGCGUGCCUGAGUACACACUCCCCGUGCUCACCUUCGUCCAGAAGUCCUCCAAAGCCAGGACAGAUGACAUGGGCCCUGUCGUAGUGCACUGCAGUGCGGGCGUAGGCAGGACUGGCACCUACAUAGUGUUGGAUAGCAUGCUGAAGCAGAUCAAAGAAGAGGGCACGGUCAACAUCAUGGGUUUCCUCAAACACAUCCGCACACAGAGGAACCACCUGGUACAGACAGAGGAGCAGUACGUGUUCAUCCACGACGCCCUGGUGGAGGCCAUCUUGGGCAAGGAGACGGAGGUUUCCUCCAGCCUCAUCCACAGCUACGUCAAUGACCUCCUGACCCCAGGGCCCUCCGGCAGGACGCAGCUGGAGAAACAGUUUAAGCUGGUAUCCCAGUCCAAUGCCAAACAGUGUGACUACUCGGCAGCCCUGAAAGAGUGCAACAGAGAGAAGAACAGAAACUCCUCUUUAAUACCCGUUGAAAGGUCAAGGGUGUGUCUGUCCACGGUGGUGGGAGAAACUACAUCAGAUUACAUCAACGCCUCAUACAUUACAGGGUACCGGCAGAGCACUGAGUUCAUCGUGACCCAGAACCCACUGGCCGGCACGGUGACAGACUUCUGGAGGAUGAUCUGGGAUCACAACUCUCAGGUCAUCGUCACACUGCCGGGAACACCAGCAACACUGGGAACACCAAGCCUGGCAGAGGGGGAGGAGCCGUACGUGUACUGGCCCCGCAAAGAGCAGACAAUCAGCUGUGAGGCGUUCACAGUGACCCUGCGGAGCGAGAACCAUGUGUGUCUGGCCAACGAGGAGAUGCUGGUGGUGCAGGACUAUGUCCUGGAGGCUACACAGGAUGACUAUGUUCUGGAGGUGAGGCACUACCGGGCGCCUCGCUGGCCCAACCCAGACAGCCCGAUCAGCAGCACCUUCGAGCUGCUCAGCCUGGUGAGGGAGGAGAGCUCCUCCAAGGAGGGCCCCAUGGUUGUCCAUGACGAGGUUGGCGGUGUGAGCGGAACCUUCUGUGCCCUGUCUACUCUGGUGUGCCAACUAGAGUUGGAGAGCUCUGUGGACGUGUACCAGGUGGCCAAGAUGAUCAACCUCAUGAGACCCGGGACCUUCAAUGAUGUUGAGCAGUACCAGUUCCUGUACAAAGCCAUGCUGAGCCUGGUUGGCACACAGGAGGACGAGAGGACGCUCCAGUCCUCUGACAACAACGGAACGGUCCCAGGGGGCCCUGUCAGCACAGCCGAGAGCCUUGAGUCCCUGGUGUAACCAUGGCAACGGGGCCCCUAACUUGCCAGUAUGGACUCUUGCCUGUCUCACUGUGUUCCGUUUUUAAAGACAGCAGCUUUGCCUUUUUCCCCUCCUUUUUUUCUCCUCUUCUGUUCUGUCGUUGAAUGGCAGUUUCCUGACCGCUGGACAUGAUACCGCACGACCCUGUAAUGUGUGCCUUUGUACAUUCAUCUUGUACUUCUAACGGCGUUCAUACAAUUGUAGAUUAACUUUACGAUGUUUUGUCGAUACCGUCAUCUUGAGAUGUUUGCUUAACUAACUGUUUUCCCUAAACAUUCGUAUUUAUUGGCAGUAAGCUAUAAAAAAAGAAGGGAAAACGCAACUUUUAUGUUAAACAACAUUUUGUUAGCCUAUUUUUUGUAGAGUCAAUGCAUUGAGCAACUCAUUCUUCCGUCUAGACAAUGUAAAUACUAUUUUGUUUGUAGCAAUGGUGAGCUUUUGAAAUCAAAAUGCACAUUGGCAUAAAUAAUAAAUCUAAUAUGUAAAUAAUAUUAUAGCAACCAAGACAAUGGACCAAAUUUCUAUUUAUACUUCUAGAUUUUUAUAUUUUACUACAGUUUUUUUUAGUCAAUUUUCAAUGUAUGGCUGCAUUCUAAUAACUUAGUCAAAGCAUUUUUUUGUAUGUUUUAAUGUUAUAGCUAAUGUUCUGUAUUUUGUAACGGACUAAAUAUGAAGCUUGCGGUACUGACACGUUUUAGCUGUACAUGAAACUUUGCUGGAUGAUUAGACAUAGGAUUAAACAAGUGAAAGAAAACCAAGGAAGGA